CGAUACCAAGUCCGCGAUCCAGCUGCCAUGAUCUAUCAUCAGUCGAAUCAUCAAGCGCCUACGAUGUCGUCCAUCAGAAAGACAUCGCCCGGAUCGCAACGUCGUAGUUUGCAAGCGUCCUCGGCAAAAUGCGCGAAGACGAAGCGGACGAACGAUCGGGCGGUCAACGAGGAGAGAUGUAGAGGAAGGUGCAGAGUGCAGUGGAGCGAGAAGCACGUGAAGGAAGGCUUGGUCCUUGUCCAGGAGGCGCAGCUCGCCAGGGUGGUCAAGACGGGACCCAUUACAGAGCACUACGAAAUCGAUCCAAAACCGUUCGCGAGCGGUCAGUGGGCGAGAGUCUAUCGCUGUAGAUCGCGAGCGACCGGUAUACUUUAUGCGGCCAAGUACUCGUCCAGGAAUCGAUUCAACGCUGAUUGUAGCGCGGAACUGAGACACGAAAUCGCUCUAUUGUCUCUGUGCUCGCAAUCGCCACGUGUCGUUAGACUGCACGAUGUCUACGAGACGCCGAAGGAAAUCAUCUUAGUCAUGGAAUACGCGCCCGGAGGCGAUCUGCAGACGCUCAUCGAUGGCGAUUUGGUGCCCCUCGAAGGUGACGUCGUACACUUUGUGCGGCAACUAGUGGAAGGACUUGCCUACCUCCACGAGAGAAAUAUCGCCCAUUUGGACAUCAAGCCUCAAAAUUUGGUCAUGAUGGGUUCCUUUCCUGACUGUGACGUUAAGUUGUGCGACUUUGAAAUCUCGAGAGUGAUCCUCGAAGGCACCGAGGUCCGGGAGAUUCUUGGCACGCCGGAUUACGUCGCGCCUGAAAUACUGCAUUAUGAACCAAUCACGCUGGCAGCCGAUAUGUGGUCGCUCGGUGUCACAACCUACGUAUUACUGACGGGCUUCUCGCCCUUCGGUGGCGAGACUGAUCAGGAAACCUUCCAGAACAUAUCCUUGGGAGAAGUGGACUUCCCCGAGGAGCUAUUCGAAGAUGUCUCGGCGCAGGCAAAAGAUUUCGUUGCGCAGCUUUUGGUGCUAGAUCCGAGUGCACGGAUGACUGCGAAACAAUGCCUGCGCCACGAUUGGCUGCGGGGCGCUCCAACACAGGCGUCGCCGCAUCUACGAAGGUACCUGUCAAAGUCACGGGAGGUUCUUUUAGAACGCGUGGUCAGUCGCGAAAACCUAAGGAGAGCCGCGUUGAUAAGUCAGACGACCAGCCAGGCAAGUCUCUGCCAUGGGGACGUCCAAAGUGAUCAAAACUAUCAGCAACAUCGUCAACAGGGUUUACAAGACUGCAUGCUCAGUCAAAGCGAAAUGUGCCUGAGCUAUCAUCUAACUGGAAGUCGUUCGAGUUUGGCGGGUAGCGAGGGAUUUGCCAGUCCGGCGGAUUCUCAGGCCAGUCUGAACUCCUCCAGGACUAGCCUAAGCUGCAUGAGCCAGAGCUGUCUGUUGAACCAAGAACAGACGCAAGGUCUACUGAAUAAAGCUCAAAGCCGAUCCCAAGCUAAUUUGAAUCAGGGCUUGAGCCGCGGUAUACUGUCGAGAAUACGUAGUUUGAAUCGCGUUCAAUCUCAGGUGUGUUUGCUAAACGGAUCUACGGCAAUCAGUUGCGAGCGAGCCGGUGCCGUUGCUACGAUGAACUCUGUAAUUAGCAAGUCCCGCGAAAAACUGUACGGCUUGAGGUCCUUGUCGAAGUCUCAGGGUGUCUUAGAUAUCUAUAGAAGUCUGGAAUGCUUAAAGCGGAGAAGAAAGAGUUAUCAGCGCGCGAAAACCGAGGAUAUGUUACCGAUUUUCAAGCAACUCGAUGCCGAGAUCGCGUGUUCUAGGCUUACACCAUCAAGCGACGAUCGUUUGAUCGUUAAUGUAAAAUCAGAGAUUGAUUUAAUAUCCAAUAAGAUCGAGCGGAAAAUUGACCAAGGUGUGCCAAUUGUUUCAUCAACAGACGCAAAGACGCCGUGUGAUUUCAAUAACGAUGAUCGGAAUUGCUCGUCUGUCGAAUCGAAUAACUCACAAUGCGUAGUGAAGAACGGGGAACCGCCACUGACUCCGAAGAAAUCCUCGCAAUCCGAGGAGAAUCUAGAUUCUCUCAAAUCCGUCGAAUCGGAUACUCUAACGGAGGAUUCUGACGAGAUGCCGUUGUGCCGCAAUGCGGUGCCCGCCAAUGCAGACAAACGUCCCUGCGAACGUCAACAUUCCGACGUGUCCAGCCGUUCCAACAACUCUGACGACAAAGAAGAUCGCUCGACAGAGUCCGAGAAUGAGGAACCAAAGUAUACGGUAGCGCAGCUAGUUUCCGCUUUCAACAAGCACCAGGAGGUUGCUUCGAGAACAAGCCUGAAAGCAAUCAUGUGCGAAAGACGAAUCAACGAGAUGACGUUUCCGACUGGCACGAAGGCAUUGCGUCUCUUUAUUCCAGACAUCAAUAUUACCGAGAGCAAGAUCGUCAGACGAAAGACGAGUUAUAAGCCGCGAAAGAAUUGGGAAGAACUCAGAAAACGUAACGAGAAAAAUGAAGGCGUCUUGAAGAGUCUCGAUUCUGGUAACGAGGACGACGACAAUGAGGACGAAAUUCGGAACAAUAUAAAAGACAAUCAAGCGAAAAAUAAAAGGGAUUCCGCGGGAAAUGUUGAGGAAAGUGUUGCCGAUGUCUCGCAAAGCUUAAUGAUUCAGGAGGAAGACAUGAGCCUAUCCUUGGAUCGAUGGUCGCUCUUGCGAUCUGAGGAGAACAAUGAACAAAGUAUCUUUAUCGAUAACACGGGUACUCAAAAUAGUCUCGAUAUUACGAUAGACGAGAAAUACAAACAAUGUGUGAAAGGUGCUAUGUCUAACAAAGUGGAAGUGCUUGAGGACAAAAAUGAGGAAAAACAUCUAAAGCAGCUAGAAGUGCAACCGAGGAUUACCAUUUCGAUACGACAGAAGGAGAGAUUACCUAAUUACAUAUAUCCAGACAUAAUUGUCGCAGUCAAAGACGACAAUUUUGAAGCGCCCAAAAAAACUGUUGCCGCGACGGAUUUUCGUAAUGGAAAAUCUGGGCCUAAAAUAUCUAUGGUCGAACGAACCAAGCAGAGUUUUAGUGUUGACUCCGUAAAUCCGAACGUAAAUCUUAAGGAUAUUCUGCAACGGGUAGACAAUUCCCAAAAUACUUCUAAAGAAAAUCUUGAAAAUUUGAGAAAAAGGACAUCGAUUGCGAAGAUUAUUUUAAAUGACAAUCUCAUCCAUGACAAUCAAGCAGGAUUGGUUACUCAACCCUACAAUCAAGAUAGUAGCCCUAGCGGAUGCAGGACAAAUCCUCGCGCAAAAAACGAACUGCCCUCAAACGAUAAUCAGUCCGAGGAGUCAAUAAAGUUAAUAGUGUCGCCGUCUUUCAUCCGAUCUUCCUCCUUGUCCAGCGACAGCAGCUGUCCCACACCGUCCACCGUGCAAUCCGACGUGAACGUAUCAUGGGAGGAUGUCCAAGUUGCUACGGGCUCCACUACGUCUCUGGAGAAGGAGGACGUUUGCAGAGUCGCAAAAAAGAGCGACGUCCAGCGAACGUGUAGCGAAGGGAGAAACAAGCAGUGUGCACCGGAAGACCGAAAGAUCUGGGGGCGGAUUUGUACCGGCUCGUACACCAGAGCCAUGGAAAAGUUUAGUGGUAAGAAUAUAGACGCUGCGAAGAAGUCGCUAGGUUCAACUAUUCUCACGCAACAAUCAGAAAAGAUUAGACGAAAGAGCAGCCCUGCAAUGCCGCAGUGUAUAAAUCCAUAAAAAUCUUAAUCCUUAGACGAUUCCAUCAGAAAUAUGUACGCAAUACAUUUUGAAUGAAA